GCCGAUAAGCAAGAUCAACCCAAACAAAGCAAAAGAAAAUGGAAAACCCUAGUAGGUUGAUUCUCCUCUUCUUCGUCCUCAUCCCCUGCUUCUUCGGCCUCACCUUUUCCGCUCCGGCCGAGUUCAUCCAUUCCUCCUGCAAAGUUACCCAAUACCCCACUCUCUGCGAAAAAUACCUCUCCGUCUACCCUCCAGCCGUUCAGCGCAGCCCAAGCCAGUUAGCUAAGGCUGCACUGAACGUAACGGCGAAUCGCGCUUUGGCUGUUUCAAAUUUCAUUAAAAGAAUGCCGGUGAGUGGAAAGGAUCCAACGGAACGCAAAUCGCACGGCGGCGGAGCCGUGCGCGAUUGCUUGGAGACGCUUAACGACAGCGUCGACCGGCUGAGGCGAUCGGUAACGGAGGUGGAGCGUAUGGGGCGGUAUGGGAGCAGAUCGUUUAAGUGGCAUCUAAGCAACGCGCAGACUUGGGUGAGCGCUGCCCUUACAGAUCAGAACACUUGUCUUGAUAGUUUAUUGCAGGAUAAAUCAGCAGCCGGCGUGCGGGUGCCGAUCCGGCGGCAGAUCGUGGCAGUUUCGCAACUUACGAGUAAUGCACUCGCACUUGUCAACAGGCUUGAUUCGCGUAACUGAGAUGCAGAGCUUGGGUUAAUGACUGGUUAUUCGGUUUCUGUGCUGGUAAGCUGUAAUAUAUUGCUGUAAAUUGUUACUUGGAAGUGUUUUGGGUUGUUGAUGGUGUUUAUUAUGUGUCGACUGUCGAGUGAUUAUCUGUUGGAGAAUCGAUAUUUCCUUUUGGUUUGGUGGAUGGGUGGUUGCUAUUGAAUGAAUGCCAGGCUUUUUAAUGUGAUGUAUAUUUGGAUUAUUCUGAACUUCAUAUGGUCUUUCGCAA